CUACAUUUCCUAGAAUCCACGACGGGGAAGAAGGGAGCGCAGAGAGACUGCAAGGUCAGCAGCGCAGGAGAAAACGCACUUUGGGGCUCUGCUUUGAAGGGCAGCCCUCUCCGCCCCGCCUCCGAUGCUGUCCUCCGCCGUGCUGGUGCUGCGCCGUGCUCUGCGUUGGCCGCCGUCCUUCUCUGCCGGCUACUCCGCGCUGGGCGGGGGCUCGCCCAUGGAGAAGCCGGUGGAGGCCUGCAUCCGGACCAAACUCCAGCACGCCCUGGAACCGGUCCAUUUGGAGAUCAUCAACGACAGCCACAUGCAUGCCGUUCCCCGCGGGGCCGAGACCCACUUCCGGGUGGUGGUGGCCAGCCGCCGCUUCGAGGGCCUCUCCCUCAUCCACCGCCACCGCCUGGUCAAUGAGAUCCUCCAGGAAGAGCUGUCAGGCCCAGUCCAUGCCCUCUCCAUCCAAGCCAAGACCCCCCAGCAGUGGGAGAAGAACCCCAAAAUCAUCCAAAGCCCCGAGUGUCUCGGGGGAUCCAAGCAUGACCCCCACAUGGCGGGCAAAGUGGGAAAGACGGGAUUGAUGUGAGCAUGAAGAAGAGCCGGGCAGUGGGAUGGCAGAGCCACGUCGGUGGACCAGCCACAGCACCAUGCUAGAAGCAGAAAUAAAUGCCUCGCUCCGGCUUUCUCCACCACAGCCAAACCUUGCCUCCGUUCGCCAGAGAGCUGCUUUUUUCUAAAGAGGGAUGCGGCACGUUCGUUUCGGGUUUCUGUUAGUUCGUUUCUGCCGAUUCUCUCAUUCCGGCUGCAGCGGGGAGACUUGGGUGUCUCAAGGACAGGGCUGUCUGCCUUUUAUUUAAGCACAUUAAAUUUCUUGGGCUUCGCUCCUUGUUAAGA